CAGGUGAUUGGCCCUACUCUUACCAGCAGCGAGCCGAGGGUAGCUACUACCAUAAUGGGCCGAUGAAUGGACAACCACCACCAAACACAGGCAGGUAUGGAUACAGUAACCCCCUGUAUGACGUUGAUGAUGAACUGGUAUUUAGAGCUAAACCGCCGGUGAUAGAGUUUCCCAAGUUCGAUGGGUCUGGAGAUGUGGGUUAAUGGCUUUAUGCAGCAGAGAGGUGGUUCAGGAACCACCCGAUCCGAGAAGAACGGAAGGCACACCUGGCGUCAUUCUAUCUUGAGGGAGAUGCUCUCCAGUGGUGGGAAUGGACCGAGAGAGCUUAUGUGGUGGCAGGGGAGGUCAUAUCGUAGGCCAGGUUCCAGGACGAGCUGCGCUACCAGUUUGGCAAAAUGGAGGGGUGGGCUCCGGAACAGCUCGCCAAGCUCAGACAGACGGGGUCGGUGGCCGAGUAUCGCGUGAAGUUCCUUAAACUGGGAAACCAGUGCAAGAAAAUGACAGAGGAGACCUUGGUGGGAUUGUGUAUGGCGGGGCUCCGUCUCGAGCUGGCAACGACCGUUAAUGUUUUUGAACCUGACUCUCUUCGAGUUGCUUUUAGGAUUGCAGGGCGCAAGGAAGAGGAGUUGGCCAGUUGGAGGACCUCGACGGGGCGCAUCCAGAAGGGCAGCGGAGGUGUUGGAGCAGCGGGUACCACAUCGCCGCCGGGAAAUGCAAGCCCGGUAGCAACUGGAGCCGUGCCGGGGAGCAAGUUCCCGUCAAGGCUGCCGCCAAAAGGGUUCGUCCGACUAACUCAGGCGGAAAUGGACCAGAAGCGCAGAGAUGGUCGUUGUUUCAACUGUGACGAAAGGUACACGGUGGGACACCAGUGUGCCAAGGGACACCUAAUGCUGCUCGUCGGGAACUGGGAGGAUGAAGGCUAGGAAGUGGAGGCUCGGGAGGCAGAAGGGAAGAAGGAAGAGAAGAAAGAAGGUCCACCUUGAGGACAAGGUGGGUUUCAAGUAGGGAUGGCAAUGGGUCGGGUUGGGUCGGGUUGGGGCGGGUUUUGUCAAACCCAAACCCAUGGGUUUAUCCGCCAAAAAACCCGGGGUUAAACCCGCUGGGUUUGAAAAACUCAAACCCAACCCAACCCGCUGGGUAUCCGUGGAUUUUUGUGAUAAAAAAUUUACAAUAACAAGUUUCUUUCAAAAUAAAAGUUUAACAUCAUUUUUCUCAUACAAAUUAUUCAUACAAAAAACACCAAUCUAGAGCAUACAAGCAAACCGCAAAUGAUCAAUACAAAUUGUUCAAAAUUAAAGAUAAACAUCUAUAAACAACAAAAUUAAUUGAAAGUUUCUUCCUCGUCAACUAAGUUUCUUCAGUCUCCACUCCAUAAUAUCAACUUCAUUCUAAACAAUUAGAAAGAACAAAUUAUACAUGUCUCCACAAACAUAAAGAAUAUUAGUUGUUGAAGGAAGAUAUAUUAUUGAGAAUAUUAAAUAUACCGGGAAAGUAAUUAUAUGCGUGUGGGGCGGGUUUACCUAAACCCAAACCCAACCCAACCCGAUGAAUAGUGUAGCGGGUUUAAACCCAAACCCGGCCCAAAACCCGUCAACACGGAUUUUACCCGCGUUGACCGGGUUGGUUCCGGUCGGUACCCGUGGGUUCGGGUUUUGUUGCCAUCCCUAGUUUCAAGGGGGAUGGAAUGUCAAAUACAUGUUCUUUGGGGGUUUAAUUGUUAUUUGGUUGUUUUAUGAUACAUUGGAUAUUUCGGGAAUUAUUGGGGUCAAAUCGGUUAGGUUAAGUCUUUGGGUAGUUACAGGGAAUUAGUCGAAUUAUAUAUAUAUUCUGUGUUAGGCAUAAGCUAGAGUUAAGCAAUAACAACAGAACUAUUCCCUAAACUCUUCUCUCUCUCAACCGCCGACCCCUCUUCCUCCUUCCUCAAACCGUGAGCCACCACCUUAGUGUCCCGACCUCUUCUUUCCUCAACCCUAAUUCUCAUUCUAUCUCAUCCAAAUCCCCAAUUCGCGUACUAAUCCAAUCCCUAAAUCACACACCUAAAUCCGUGUUCUUUCACAAACCUGUAGUGUCAUGCUGGAGGGAUUAAGUCUCAACAACACUAUGCUUCGUGCUGCUGAAAAGAUUGAAGGUUUAAUGAAAAAUACAUGAUGAGUACACGAAGCAAAGCUUUCAUGUGUUGUUCCUUUCAAUACUUAAGCAGUACCUGAAGAACAUGGAUUUUACUUUUACCAUGUUCACUGAAACGAGUUCCAUGGAUUGGAAUUCCUGCUAAGAUAUAAAUCCCAAGGGUCUUGCUUAUUUUAGCUUGAUGGAUGCACAGAGAAAGACUCUACUGCACACCUGUGAACUUCAACAACUAUGCCAUCAGUUACCUGUGCAACUGUGAGGAUUUCAAGACUCUAGUAGCAACCUAAUUAGGAGACAAGUUUGUAAUUAGAGAAUGUUUAAAUCUUGGAGGCUGUCUGAUACUUGACAGUCUUCUGGUUCAAUUUUCUCCAUGGUUCCUGGCAUAUUCCUCAACUAACUGAAGUACAGCCAGGGUUUCUGAAACAUUUCAAGUGACCUGGAAAUCUGUGUUAUGAAGAUGAUAUCAAAGUUGCCUUACUGGCAUUUGAAUAUUUUGAGGACAGGCAACCUCCCAUCUCGAAUUGCCUAAAGAUUCUCCAAUGAAAGGUUAGUGAACUG